UGUUAUACGUCACUGCACAUUUCUCCGGGUGUGAGCCGUGGUUGUAUCAAAUCAGUGUUGGUGCUACGCUCGUGUCUACGUUUGACUUAUCACAUAUAACAAUUACGGAGACAGUAUUGUGAUUGUUUUAUCAGUGUAGAUUCAACGUAAAGGUGGGGAGUCAGGCUUCAAGAUGAAGCUCUCCCUAGUUUUUGAGCUUCUUUUGAUAUUCAUACUUUUAGCCUUCGCUGCCUCAAAGAGUGUCAAGAAGCAACAUAGCAAUAGAAAAAGCAUACAAAACAGAGACGAUGACGACAAACCAGAAGAAAGUGCUAUAAAUAAGUACUGCAAGUGUCAGGAAGCGUUUUGCAGUUGCUGUAGAGAUUUCGCGGUCGAUGUCGUGAACUUGAACGGACCAGGAUGUGCAACGCUGAUGUAUUUGGACGGUGACAAGAUGUCGGUGUCACUGAGCUUCGGUAAGAAGGUCAUCACGAACCGGACGCUCUCCAAUCGCAAGCCAAGUCCUGUCUGCAUGCCGCUUCCCGGGGGUGUAUCCAAAUUUUGCGGAAGAGUUUACAAUAUCGCCAGAGCGGGUGAAGAGUUCAGAGCUUGCCUUGGCUUAGAGCUGCAAGCGAAGAAAGCAGUAGAAGCUGCUGUACGAGUAUCGUGCUUCAAAUUUGGACCAAGAGGUGUGACGUCAGAACCAGCUGAUCCAUUACCACUUGUUCCCGAUUCUGAGAAGGGCGAUGAUGAUGAUGAAGACGACGAUGAUUAUGAUGAUGAUUUAGAAGACGAAGGUGGUUUCGGCAUCGGCAUUGAUGAUGACGAUGACGAUGAUGAUGACGACGACGAUGAUGAUGAUGACGAUGGUGGUCUUGAACUCGUAAAGGACGCAGAUGGCGUAAGCGAUGACUACGCAGGGUUUCCAGGUUUAGAGGAAGACUUUUUUGAAGAAUUGUUCUCGAGCGGCUCAGGCGGUAAGAAGAAAUCCAAUAAAAAUAAAAAGAAACAAGCGCCUGCUCCUACCUCAACAACCACCACAAGACGGCCUAGACCUACACGUAGACCUGCCAGAAGACCUAGUACUAGGACUACUACGCCACGGCCUAUUAGAACUACUACUGUGAGAAUUCGCCCUGUUAACCGUAGGCCAACACGUCGUCCAUCAAGGAGACCAGCUAAUGGGACACGGCGAAGAACUACUACAGAGAAGGCAUCAACGUUGCUCUCUUCAACUACUACUAGCGCGCCAAUGGCGGCAGUAAGCGUCGAAAUGCAAACUACAGAACACAAUGAAAUUGAACAUGUCAUAAAUGAUCAAGUUUCUGAAAUAGCAAAUCUUGUUGAACAAAAUCAAGAACCCGCUGUUAUGGCAACAACAGAAAAAGCCGUUUUUAAUUUUGACGAUCCCACAUUAGAGAUGUCUUUAGCGCAUGUUACCGGCCAGCUUUCUUCUUUGCAUGUCACUCCAUUGUUACCGAACGACGUCAAAGAGUCUCCCAUGCCACCCAAGGAACAAGAAGAUGUAAACUAUGAAAAAGUGGAGAUUAUCACCGCAAAGGCGCCAUCCAUCGCUUUGUUCAGUACGACUACUGAGGAAUCCAUCAAUGAAAACCUCAUACAAAUUGUUCAGAGCUUAGAUUCAGAGUCUGAGGAAGUAAUGCCUACUAAAGAAACCAUGGCCGCUGAUGAAAGCAGAGGUGAUUUUGUUCAUAGAGGUAUCCGUUAUCAAGCAAUUCAUUUGCCUAAAAAACGCAAUAAGAAUCAAGAUUUUGCCUUGUCUGAUAUAGACGUUCUUGACCUUACCCAAAUUGGUGAAAGCAUUGGAGAUCAGAUUGGCGUGUUUGGAGGAGGAAAAAAGAAAAACAAUCCUAACAAGAAACAUAGAGUAAGGGAUACUAAAGGUGAUGAUAAUGAUUAUGAUGAUAUCCUUGAUAGCUUGAGUGAUACCUUAAUAAUGAGAAAAUCUGAUAAUGGAAAAAACGUAAGAAAAGACAGAAGGAGACAGAAUAAAAUGAUGCGCGGUGAAUGGUAGCGAAUACGAUAUCGAAGUCACAUUAGUUCUAAGUAGCUAUAGUAUUUAUUCCUUUUUAUAAAUUAUUUUCUUGUGUGUGUAAAUAGUAAAAAUUGUAUGAGAUUAUUUAUUUUGCAUGAAUGACCAAUAAAUAAUAAUAAAAUAGCUGAAUAAAAAA